AUGGCCUUAUCCUACCGCGAGCAGGAACACCAGGGCAUGAAGGCCUCCUUGGCGGCCUCCACCCAGAUCUGCAUGGACCAGCAGAAGCUCAUCCAAAUGCUACAGCAGGCCUCCUCGGCGCCGCCCCCCGCCUUCGACCCUGAAGACUUCCUCGUCGGCGUGGGCGGGGGCGGCGGCAGGCCCCCACCGCCACCGUCCCCGCCGCCACCGUCCCCGCCGCCACCAUUCGGGGGGGGUAUUGGGCGGCGGAGGGGUGUCGGGAAAGUUGGUGGUGCUGCCGCUGCGGGGGCGGCGGCUUGCGGCGGCGUUGUUGCGGAGACUGACAAGGAGGAAGUGGAGGAGGAGGAGGAGGAGGGGGGGGAGNGUGGUCGGGACGGCCGCAGGGAUUCUCAAGGAGGCGGGGGAGGUGAUCGCGGAGACGCGGUGGGUGGGGGCGUCGAUCCCCGGCGAGAGCUUCAGCACGAGGAGGGAGCCGCGGGCCAUCGCGGGGGCGGGGGGACGCGGGGUUUUUCUUCGCAGUCCGGCAGCAGAAGCAAGCUGAAGCACCGUCACGAUAGCGGGCGCAUUGGGGGCGGUGCGAGGAGGUCGGGCGACAUCGAGAUGGACGCAAUCAACGGUGGCACGGGCGGUGGCGUCGGGACGGCGGCGGCGGUAUCGUCGGUGGCCGCGGCAGCUGCGGCGGCGGCGGCGGCCCUCUACCAGCCGUACGCGAGGUCGUCGGCGUCGUUUCCUGACCCUCAGCAGCAGCAGCAGCAGCAGCAGCAGCCGGCCGCUGCGGCGGCAGAAGUGGCGGCCGCGCACGUGAGCGCCAAGCAGGCGAGCGCGCUGCGCGUGGCACGUGAGACGGCCAUGCGGGAAGGCAUGGCCGCCGCCGCCGCUGCUAGCGCUCUGUCGGGAGAAACGGCGGGAGAACGGGGCGGCCGAGGAGGCGGCCAUGUCGCCGGCGGCAAAAGCGGGGCGGCGGGGGCGGGGAGCGUGGACGGAAGGUCGAACCCGCUCGACGACGACCUCAUCAGCCACAGCAGCCUGCGGCGAGAGUACGACGACAUCUACCUAAACCAGCCCCUGAGGGGGGAACACCGACGGGGGGAGCAGCAGAAGAGCUGGGCGUACAGCGGGGACGUGGGGGAUGAGCACGGGGGAGCGGGCGGGGGUGGGGCCGGGGGGGCAGAGGGCGGCGGGGGCGGUGGAACCGCAGAUCUCGGCGCGGACAUGGAGGAGCUGGUUGCGGGCAUGGCCCGGGCGAGGUGA